CUGUCUUAUGUAGAUUCACUAUAAAAAAGUGAGUAAUUCUUAGGAAGGUAUCACUUCAAGUUCAGCAUCCAAAGCAUCAGUUAACAAUGGCAGCUAAAUUCGUAGUUCUCUUCGCCGCUUUGGCUUACGCUAAUGCCGGAUAUUUGGGAGUCCCUGCCGCUGUUUCAACUUACUCUGCACCAGCCCUAUCUUAUGCUGCCCCAGCAGUUGCUGCAGUUCAUGCUGCUCCAGUAGCUUCUUCAUAUUCUUACACUAAUAAAAUCCAAUCAGCACCUGUUGCAUAUGCUGCCCCUGCUGUCUCAUACGCCGCCCCUGCUGUCUCAUACGCUGCCCCAGCUGUCUCAUACGCCGCCCCAGCUGUAGCUGCCGUUCAUGCCGCUCCAGUAGCCAUUGCUAAGACCCUUCCAGCUGCCACUUCUUACUCCUACACCAACAGAAUUUCCCAAUCUGCAUAUGCUGCUCCAGUUGCCACCUAUGCUGCUGCAUCUCCAGUAAUCAAAUCUUAUGCUACCACCUACGCCGCUGCUCCAGCAAUCUCAUACUCCGCUCCAGUAGCUACUGUUCACGCUACCCCUGCUGUAGCCAGCUAUUCCGCUGUCCAUGCUGCCCCAAUUACCACCUACGCCGCUGCUGCUCCAGUACUCAGAGCUCAAGGUGUAUCAGUUCACCCAUCGUCAGCCCUUUCCUAUGCUGCCCCAGUAGCUGCUGUACAUGCAGCCCCAGCAUUCACCUCCUACGCUGCUCCAGCCAUCACAUCAUAUGCUGCUCCAGCUAUCAGCUCCUACGCCGCCCCAUCCUUCACCUCAUAUGCUGCCUCAGGCCUUAGCUCCUAUGCUUCUCCAGCUUUGACUUACUCCCAGAAACUCCAUCUUUAAAUUUUAGACUGAAGACAGAUAUGUAUUCCAUCCAAAUGAUGGCCACGACACAUAAUUAAUUUUUUCAUGUAAAUAAAUUAUAAUUAAUUAAGAAACAA